AUGUUGCCAGUUUCUUUCAGCCAUGGUGCCAACUUCCCCAUCAAUAUCAUACUGUACACAAACACUGCCCAGUUCUCGCAGCUUCUCCUCUCUUGGGAAGCUGCUGUUGCAGAGCUGGUCAUUAUAAACCUCUCUUAUUUGCAAGGAACAAGACAUCCAAGAACUUUAUCAAAUUUAAUAAUGUCAGCAGUUAAUAUAGCGCAGACCUAUGCAACAAAUUCACCGUUACCCUCUGGAUUAAGAACUUUUCUAAGUUUUCCUGAAGCCCUCAUGAUAUUAGAAUUGAUAUUUGGAGGUUUGGUGUGGAUUUUGGUUGCUGCUACGAGGGUCUUUCUGCCUUUGCUACAAGGAUGGGUGAUGUUUGUGUCGGUUACCUUCUUUGUCUUAACAUUAUUACUCCUGAUCAUGUACAUUCUUGGAAGCCACAAAGAUAGAUGUUCAUGGAUACUUAUGGAUGCCGUUUAUCACUGUAUUGCUGUUCUCUUCUACCUAAGUGCCGCUGUGUUACAAGCUAAUGCAACAAUAACAACCAAGAAUUCGCAAAAGAUAUACCAGGAAAAUAUUGCUGCAACAGUAUUUGCUUUUAUUGCAACAUUGCUAUACUUAAUCCAUGCGAUUUUCUCUUUAAUGAGAUGGAAGAAGAGUGCAUAAAUCCAAAUACUCAUUUUUUAAAAUGCAUUCCAAGGACAAGUGACAUAUGGGUCAAGCAAUGCCAAUAAUGCUAUUUAUAUUGUAAAGUAAAUUUCAGAAACUUGGGGAUAUUUAUAAUGUGAUAUCUAUAUUUUUGUAUUCAGGCCACUGAGCUGUUUCCAUCAUUGUGUCCAUCAUACUGUGAAUGUUUUUUCAUAGAAAGGUUUCUAAUAUCUCAUCUAAAUUAGUGAAUAAAUUAUAGGAAACAUCUACUUAUAUCUAUGACCAUCUAUCCAUAUGGAGAGACAGACGCCAUCGGAAAUGUAUGCAAAAAAUUAUAUUAUUCCAUGACAAGAAAACAAAUAACUUCUAUAGAUUCCUACCAUUUACACAGAACUGGAAAAGCUCAUAUUUGAAACUAAAUUUAUUGUUUAAAAAAGCGUUUCAAUCACAACUGCAUGCUGUAAAUCCCUAUGUGAUACAGGAAAUAUUAGUGGGGACCAUGGGAACACAUGAAAUAUGUCACAAAAGAACAUGAUUUUAUUCAUCUGGCUCCGAGAGAAGCUACUUAUACUGGAAUAAUGUACCCCCUAUUGUUCCACAGUGAGUUGCACCUUAACUACAUUCAUUAAAGGUCAAAAUGCUCUUUUUGCACUUCCAUAUUGUUGCCCUCUGAACCUCUUAGUCCUUUCUGCCUUCUGUUCUUAAUCAUGUGCUUCUGCACCUAUUGACACAGGGAAAUCCUGGAGAUUCUGCCACCUACUGACCAGGCGGUAGCUCAGGGGUUCCUUUGGCAUUCUGCAUUAUUAGGCCCACAAUUGCGCUGAAAAAAGGCAGAAAGGCAGAAAAUAAAACAUGUCAGAAACACGCUAAACACCAGAAAUGAUGCCAGGAAGACUUAAGCCAGCCAUACACUCACCAAUAAUAUAGUACGAAACCUCGUUUCAUAUGAUAUUCGUUUGCAUGUAUGGCUGCUCUGAUAUCGCAAAAGGCUGCGGAUAACGGUCGAUUUCUUGAUCGGGUGCCAUUGAAGGCGCCCAGGCAAAAUCUACGUUCAGGGUUGAAUCGGUGGGUGGAGGUAGAAUUCCUAUUGUUUCUACCUCCAUAUCUGACAAUUCAGCCCUGAACAUCAGUGGAGGUUGGGAACGAUCUUUAGUGUGACCAAUGAUUGCAUGAAAGAUCGAAAUUGCUACGUGUAUGGCCACCUUUAGAACAUAUUUGGCACAAGUGCACGCAAUUUGAAAUGAAUUGCACAUGCAUUUACAUCCAUUUUGGCAAGCUAGGCACAGCUGCAGUAGGCACAACACAAUUACAUCAAGAUAUUUGCCUGUUUGAAUCAGAAAUGAUGCUGAUUUUUUUUCUUUAUAAUCUUUCUUUAAUAAUGCAUUGUGGGAAAAAACAUGGUGAUUACACUUAAAAUUGUACUUUGCACACUGUGUCUGGUUACAUGAAUGCACCUUAUAGUAAAUAAUGUUCCCCUAUUGUAACAUAUAAGCAAAUUAUAAGUUACUGAGGAGUUACAUGCUCAUAUAAAGGCAUGAGUUCAAAGGCCAUAGUCUACAAUAAAGGGUAUUUUAUUUCUUAUAAAACACAAGUCAAGUUAUGUGACAGAAAUUACAUCACUAAGCACUGAUUAUAACUGAUGACAUCACUAAGCACCAUUUAUAAGGAUAUUCAGUGCUCUUGUGUACUAUAAUGAAAUAAUAAGUCACUGCAGAGAUCUAUAACUUAUAAGUACACAAGGCAGCAAGACAAGUGUCUUUAUACAAGUCAGAGAACUCAGAGGCGGCUUCUAAUAUUUUACAGCAGUGGUACAUUAUUAUUUAUGAUACAAAAGUCAUGUGAUAUCAGCAAAUACUGACAAUAAACACCAUUUAUAAGGAUAUAUUUAAAGUUAUUUGUUGCUCUUAUGUAUGAUAAUAUUGUUGUACAGUAGAAUUAAUGGAAGUAGGAGUGUAAGUAUUGCUGUAUAAUAAAGAUUUAUACAUGAA